CUCCAAUCCCAACGCGAAGCCGACUACCAACGCUUUAAGACCUACGCCGCCUGGACCUUUUUGAUCGCAUCUCCCAUCCUCAUGGCCCUCCCACCCCGCAAACUCGACAAUCUCACCGUCCUCCAACUCAGCGCCUUCUCCAUCUCGGCCAACCACCUCACCCGCGAACGCACCGGCCGCAGCAUCGUCGAUCGCCUCGAGGAUAAGAUCUCGUCCAACCGCCACGGCCACGGCCCGAAUGCGCUUACUUCACUUGGAAGUGGGUUGCCGAGUGAGCGGGCGCUGGAGAUCCAGGCCCGGUUGCGCGCGGAUCGGGAGCGGCAGAUUGAGGAGGCGAAGGGGGAGGAGUUGGCCAAGUUGAAGGCUCGCGAGGAAUUCGAGAAGCCUGUUUUGGAGAGAGUGUGGAUGGGUGGGGAGACGGAGGGGUGGAAGGAGCGGAGGUUAAGAGAGGAGCAGAAGGCGCUCGACGAGGGGAAAGGGUAUGGGGACUUGAUUCGGGAGCAUAUUUGGGAUGUUUGGACUUGGGGGAAGGGAGAUGAGGAGGGGAAGAAGUGA